AUGGGUGCCAAAUGGCGGCAGUUUAAGUGGUUGUUAUGGAAAAACUUUAUUUUACAAUGGCGUCGGCCAAUAGGUUCCGGAUUCGAGCUCUUAACACCAGUAGUUCUGACCUUUCUCCUUGUUAUCGCCAGAGUUGGACUAGAGAAUACAUUCGACAGAGACGUGUGUUUUGUUCAAUAUGCACCAACCAAUUUCUCAUCUGAUGAUACCUUACUGGAUAACUUGCCAAGUUUCCCAAAAAUGCCUUCCGAAAUAACAUGGCCAACAGCUUUUCCAUUUAAUCAACCGAGUCAAAAGCCGGAUAUAUCUCCUGGUGAGAUGUUCUGCAAUUUAACCCACGAGUGCGGGUCACUGGCAUGGUAUCCACAAACGGAACUAACGCUGCGGAUAAUGCGAGAGGUGUCCAUUUCAAUGCAAGUUCCACUAGCUCAGGUGCAAUUUGAAAGCGAAGAGGAUAUGGCGAAGGUGGUAUCUGAAGACAUUGAUACGUAUUAUGGAGCCGUCGUGUUUGACUUCCCAGCUAAUGACACUGUAUUGCCGCUUCAUACGCCAUACAAAAUACGAUUAUCAUCUGAAUUAUUAUUCUUCGGUACCUGGGCCACAACUUUAACGUAUCCUUACUACACAUUGAAUAUACCCGUAGAAUACCACUCCUACGACGAACGUUUCAUGGAACUUCAAUUUGCAUUAGAUCAUACUUUUAUUAUGUUCCAAAGUGAAGCGUACAAUUCGAGUCAUCUUAUGAACGGCAUUCGACGAGAGGUGCAGAGAUUUCCGUACCCGGAAUGGAGAAUUGAGACGUUUAUCGUAACCAUGCGAUUCUUGAUGACUAUCAUUCUGGUAUUGGCGCUGAUUUAUUCCGCUGCCAGCAUCGUUAAGGAACUUGUUAUUGAGAAAGAGAGUAGACUAAAGGAAAGUAUGAAAAUGAUGGGGUUGUCUAAUUGGUUGCACUGGACGGCAUGGUUCGUUAAAUGUUUCCUCUUCUUAAUGAUCUCAGGGUUUGCCAUGUCGAUUCUUAUCAAGGCGGGACAAGUGUUCCGGCAUAGUGACUUUCUGUGUAUUUUCAUAUUCUUGAUGUUGUGGAUUAUCGCUGGUAUCAUGUGGAACUUUGCUAUAAGCGUAUUUUUCUCCAAGGCAAAGAUUGCCAUGGUAUCUGCUGUGGUGCUGUGGUAUCUCAACUACGUCGUCACCGAAUUCAUUCUCAUCGACUACUACAAUAUCACAACAUCGCAAAAGGUAGCAGCUUGCCUCUUACAGAAUACCUGUCUAGGAAUGGCCAUCCAGACUAUAUCACGAUUGGAAAGCCUGAACGUUGGUAUGACAUGGGAAACACUGACCACAUCACCGGCUCAAGGCUACGACGUACCCGUACUUAUGACUUGGAUUAUGUUUGUAGUAGAUUCCAUUAUCUACGGUCUUAUAGCAUGGUACGUCGAGGCAGUUUUCCCUGGUGAAUAUGGCAUUGCACGGCCUUACUAUUUCCCUUUUACGAAGUCGUAUUGGAUGGGGCCAAGUGAAAAUGAUGUGAAACCAAAUACUAAAUAUAACGACGACGACGAGGUAUGA